AUGGCCGCCAAAUCGAGUCUCCUCGCCGGCCCCGAAUGGGGGGGUGGUUCGUUGAAGAGGAGCACCAGAAAGAACAACAUCAACACGCGCUCGGCUUGGUACGAUGACAGGGAUCCGUUCGGGGGCGGUGCCCCGUUGAGGAAGGCCUCCAGUUUGGAUAGUUUACUGGUGAACAAAAGUGGGAGCAAGUUCAAAAUCACCAAGGACAUGAUAUCGGGACCUAGAUGUCCUCGAAAAUUGAACAAUUUGUGGAGCAACUUCGCGGAGAAAUGCGAUCACCUUACAAUUACUGAGGUUUCUUCCGAUGAAAGCGAACGUGGUAGUGAUAGCGAUAUUUCUGUUUAUGAGGAAGAUGAGAUUCCAGUACAAAUAGAUGAACAAUUUAAGGAAGAACAACGGCAUAUUGACGAUUUUAAAAGUAAUUUGAGUAAUAGAACGCUUGAUGGAAGAAAAAUUACGAAAGAUAUGAUUUCAUCGCCGUUGUUUCCUAGGAAAAUAACGUCAAAUUUGCCCAACAAUGAAACGGAACUAAGUGAAACGAGGGAAAAUGAAGACAUUGCAGAUGAAAUUAUAAGGGAAAAAUACAUUAACAAUCCAAUAUCAGAUUGCGAAAGAAGAAAAAACAUAUUUCAUCACAUCGAUAUCCACGAAAUGAAGGAAUUUACCGUAGAUCAAUUACAAAAUGACCCAGAUGAAGAUGAAGAAAUAGUCAUAAUUGAUCCAGAAUUAACAGAAGAUGUUGAUGAACUCGAUGAAACAUCAACAUCAAAUUUGAACAAUGAUGAUAAUUUACGAUUUGAUAAGUGCGUAGGAGAUUAUUAUGUUGUGAAAAAUACAAAAGGAAACGCGAACAACGAUUUAGCACAUAUGAAAUUUCUAUCGAAAUCAUCAGACGAGCUAUUUUUUACGGGACAAGCCCAACAAAUCGACGAUCCUCGGGAAGUCCUUAGAACUCUUCAAGCCAACAAGGAUGAACCUCUUACGAAGACUGUGGGGCCUUUUCCCAAGAUAGACGAUCAUUUCAUCAACGAAGAUGUCCAAAUCAGACCUCACAGAUACGACAGUAAAUUGAAGCAAUCGAAGACGAUAGAUGGAGAUCCUAGAAGGUAUUUCAGAAACCAUGAAUUCGAGAUAAAAGGCUGCACGAAAUUGGUCCUACCCGACAAAACAGUGAAACUGAAGAAAAACGAUCACCUUCAGUACCAAAACAAUUCAAUCAUCAAAACAACCGACGAAUUGAACAAAGAGAUUUUGAAAUACGGAAUAAUCCUGAAAACCGUCAAGCUAGUGACCAAACGAGAAGUGGAACUGAAGGACGUCUGCAACCAAUCCUACACCCUCGUCUUCGACUCCUCCAAAGAUGCCAAGCAAUUCAUGGACCAGGACAAGCUGGGCUCGUUCGUCGACAGCGAAAAGUCCACCAUCACCAAGACCCUGCUGCGGUUGCUCGGCAAGCGCAGCAGCAGGGAGGUGCUCGAGAAGAAGGGGAUCUACCAGAACGAGCCGAUAUUCGGCAACACGUUGAAGAACAUCUACAGCGCCGAGAACGCCGUGCCCCGCUUCAUCAUGAAGACCAUGGUCUUGAUCGAACGCCCCGACAACAUCACCAGUUUAGGUUUGUACAGGACGUCGGGGAACUUGGCUACCAUACAAAAAAUCCGGCUCGAGGUCGACAAGGGGAAUCUGGAUAUACUGGAUAUAUACGCGAAGGAUCCGGACGUGCUCACCGGUAGUUUGAAGUUGUUUUUUAGGGAAUUGAAGGAGCCUUUGUUGUCUUGUACAACCUCCGAAAAUCUACUGGAGUUUACUAAAGCGGACAAAAACUACUGCAAAAAGGACAGGGACAACAUCCGGACGAUAUUGAGCCACAUACCGGAGGCGAACGCGGAAACUCUCUUGGCUCUAAUCAAACACCUGAUCGAGGUGGUCAAGUACAAGGACCAGAACAAAAUGGACACGUACAAUCUGGCCGUUUGUUGGGGCCCCACCAUAAUAUUCGCCACCGAUAAUCUCAGCACCAAGGACCUGGUGACGCAGAGCGCCGAGGCCACCAAGCUCUUCGACGCCCUCUUAAAUUUCUACAUCAACAAUCCGGAGGAAUUGGACUUCAGGAAAAGGAGGCCGGAUCACUUCGACACCAACAGGAACAUGAUCCAUCGGCAGGACUCCAAGGAUAGCAUCCACAGCUCGGACAGCAGUAAUUCGUCGAAUAGAAACAGGAGUACCAAUAACCUACCGAGCCUUGUUGGCAUCGACGAGGUCCUGAAAAAGUCGGUGGAUCUGAUCGAAAACCACUUGGAGUGCGACGGCAUCUACAGGAAGGCCGGGUCCCACGAGAAGACCAACAAAAUCGUCAAGAAAAUGCUGAAAAGGAAACUGUCCGAUUUGGAGAAGUACAAAAACGACGUGUACGAAUUAACCGACUCGUUGAAGAGGUAUCUUAGGGAAGGUUGUGAGUCUUUGGUCACCAAAGAUGUGGUAGAGCAAGUGAACAAAAUAUGUGAUAAUACUCAAUGGUUGGAGCACAACACCAGACAGAAAAUCAUCGUCGCCGUCUCGGACUGUCCCAAAAAGGACACCCUCCUGUUCUUCGUGCGCCACCUCAUAAAACUCAUCAAAUACGAAUCGUUCCACAACGUGCCGAAGAAGGAGAUGCUGCGCAUCUGGUCGGGCAUCCUGAACGAUCAGCGGCGCGUCGUCGAUUCGGACGAGAAGAUGCAGACAUUCCUGCGCAUCGUCGUCGACGUGUUCGACGACACCAAGAGCGACGUGUCGACGAUGCCCAAGGGCAUGUCGAACGUGCUGCUGAACGAUCUGAGGAACCUGCAGAAGGAGAAGGACAGGAUCAGCAAGUACGAUAACGUGCCCGACGAGAUCGAGCCGUUCGCCAAGGAGGCGACGAUCGCGGAGGAGAAGACUGACGACGGCGAACAGACGAAGUUGUAG